UUGAGGGUGGAUUCCUAUCCCAGGUGGCUCUAAUGCUGUUGCUCUUGUUGCUCUUGUGAGGGAAACUUCACCUGCUACUGCCUAAAUUGUGUGGACGAAGGUUGUUUUGGAUAACUGUGUCAGCAAUGUAAGCCUGUGGUGGUGGCAGUUGUAAACAGCUAUGUAUUUUUAGUAGCUACAAGCAUUGCAUGAUGAGCAGUGACGCAUCAUCACCAUGCAUAAUGGCAGAAUUAGACCUGUGCUCUGCCAGUGCAUGUCCAGUACACUCAGCCAACUCGACCCUUUAAUUUCAACCCUAUCUAAGUAAGUAAUUUUAAGAUUUUCAUAUUUAAUAUUCACAUUAAAAUACGUUUGACUGUGUAGCCUACUCCUAUCGAUAUAUUUUGAAUGACUUUCUGUAUGCCUACUGGACUUAAUCCAAGGAAUGGAUUAUUUCGUCACUUGGCAAACUAACAGGCUGACGGCAAAAAAUAACUCAAGGACUUUGGAAGCGAACUUCGUCCCUGCCCAAACUUGCAGCAAACCAAACAUUCUUAAAACCAAGCAUUCAGCUGUUCUACCGGGGUGUUCAGUUGUUUGAUGACUUUUGUAGGUGCUUCACUCUUUCGUAGGCUAUACUCUUUUAAAUUGAUAUUAAACGUUAGCAUAGGUUUACUAGAGGAGUUUCAUGGUUGAAACAGGCAGCACUUCUCUCCGGCAACGCAUUUGCCAUAUUGGACACAGACAAUUUUAUCAUUGCACACUCUCUCUCAAGAGGGAGAAAAAACACUAUUAUAGUGCAUCGACUUCAGAACUCAUCACUUCAGGCAGUUUCAUUUUCGCCUUCAUGGAUGGUGAGCGCAAAUCUGACAUGAAGGAUAUUUCUGCUGGCUAUAUGUCAAAAUGUAUGGAUCCGUGAGCAAAAUGUUAAUCAAAUGUUUUAUUUAUGAAAUAACGACAUAUUCAUUUUCAAAAACGAACAUGUGGGGCUACAAACGUCUGACAAUUAGCAGUUCAAUUACGCAAUUGGCCAAUACUGCUAUUUUUUAGGCUCAGUCUAAUUAAUGGACAAAUGGUUUUGUUAAAACUGGAAUAGGCCUAUGACUUUACAUUCUUAUUAAUGUAGCCUACUUGAUAAAUAAACAUUUUUUCAACUCUGACGGUCUAUCAGCGUAAACGCGUUUUUUUUUUUGGACUAUGGAGAUUCCAGUUGGAUUAGGAGGAGUUUGUGACUCCCCAAACAUAGUUUUUCGCGGACCUUUCCAAAACGUUUCCCACAACGUGCAAGCUACACUGCAUAGUAACACUACCGUCACCGAAAGCUUGGAGUUUUCUAGUUCGUACAGUUUCAUGCAGAAUAAACACCCCUGGGAGAUGCGCCAAAUUAACCGGCAAUCACCCCAAAAAGAAAUAUCGUCAGGGACGGCUCGCAAUUCUGACAUUGAAGUGAGGGAAGAUGACAGCAUUAGUUUUUCCAGAACACUCGAAUCGGAUGCAAAUCGUAUCCAUUUUGCCAAAAGCUCAACAGGAAACAAAACCAGGUUUUCCUCUGUGAACGUAUCAGAUAAUCCAAACGCGAAUGGAUACGGAUCCUGUCGCUCUGGACCGCAAGCCUGCAACACUGAACCAAAGUGCUGUCAACCAGCUGUGCCCCAUCACGGAGAGCAGUUAAGUCCUAACAGUGACGCCCGUGUGGCGAACAUUUGUUCCAAUUCAGCCUGCACCACAAUCUCAGAAACGGCGAGGGAGCUCUGCAACGCUGUCUCUGUGUCGCUGGGAUUGACCAUGGACUCGAAUGAGAUGAGUGACCUGGGAUCUAAUUACGCACCAUCCAGCGCAAAUGACCAAAAUCAAGGCAACUAUUUGUUUCAGGUGCCUCUAUUGAAUUGUUCUGGAGCUGAAGAAAAUAUCUCCAUAACAGAAUACAAAUACGCUAGUGAGCGCAAUGCCAGGCCACUACAAAGUGAUAAACAACGAGUUGACAUGUUUAAAAGUUCCCCAGCAAACGACCUUACAGAAGAAGUGGCAACCAUGGAGCACCUUAGCUCCAGACAUCCAUCCACAUAUGAACAGGAAUUUAGACUGAAUGAAAAGAGUGAUGACCCGACUUCAAAAGAAACAGAUAAUUAUCUGAAUACAAGAGCGCGCUCUGCAUCUUGUCAUUUUGACCAACUGUUGCCAGCACACUUGGCACACUUCAGUCAAACCGACCCAGACAGAAUCUCGUCUCGUGUGAUCCCAGCACAUGUCGGUGAAACUGGAGAGACUAUGGAGGACAAAUAUGCUGACUAUUUACAACAACAGUACAGUGUCAAGAUAAAAUAUGAGGCCAUUAGUAAUGAACCUGACGGAACGUCAUGGGGCUAUCAGUACAACAGGUAUAAUGACAAUGACAACACACAAUAUGGACCAAGGCAGGGUAUGAAUCCAUACAGUGCGGGACCAGACACUGCGUUCAUUUGUAACCCUUAUGAAUAUGAGAGGGGUGGUGGUCUCGUGCGCAGAGAGCGGCCAACUCCUGAGCAGUGGUACCCGGGCGGGAUGCUAGGGAGGAUGCCCUAUCCCAACUCCCCGUACUUAAAGAAUGAGGUCGGUGACUGGCUGGAUGUCUCUUACACAGAUGCCAGGUUUGAGGGCGGCAGAGACCACAUGUUCCCCACGGAGUUCUUCUUUCCGCCCCAGAGGACCUGUCUGAUCUGUGCAGAUGAGGCAUCCGGCUGCCACUAUGGAGCGCUAACCUGUGGCAGCUGCAAAGUGUUCUUCAAGAGAGCCGCAGAAGGUAAACAGAAAUACCUGUGUGCCAGCAGAAACGACUGCACCAUCGAUAAGCUGAGAAGGAAGAACUGCCCAUCAUGUCGACUGAGGAAGUGUUUUGAAGCUGGGAUGACCCUCGGAGCACGUAAACUGAAAAAGAUUGGACAGCUGAAGAGCCCAGAGGAUGAUCUGCCCACCCAAGGUCCCACUGAUGCCAUCCAGUGCGUCUCUCCCCAGUCCUGCCUGACCUUCCAUUCCCAGCUGGUGUUCCUCAACAUCUUGGAGUCCAUCGAGCCAGAGGUGGUUAACGCGGGACACGACCAUUGCCAGCCGGACUCAGCUGCAGUGCUGCUCACCAGCCUCAACGAACUCGGGGAGCGCCAACUGGUCAAAGUGGUCAAGUGGGCCAAAGGCAUGCCAGGUUUUCGGAAUCUGCAUGUGGAUGACCAGAUGACAGUCAUCCAGCAUUCAUGGAUGGGGGUGAUGGUGUUCGGCUUGGGAUGGAGGUCCUACAAAAAUGUCAACGCCAGAAUGCUGUACUUUGCCCCAGACCUUGUUUUCAAUGACCAUCGGAUGCACAUCUCCAGCAUGUUCGAGCACUGCAUACGGAUGAGACACCUCUCCCAGCAGUUUGUCCUGCUGCAAGUCACUCGCGAAGAGUUCCUCUGCAUGAAGGCCCUGCUACUCUUCAGCAUCAUUCCAGUCGAUGGUCUUAAGAGUCAGAAGUACUUUGAUGAAUUGCGGCUGACUUACAUCAAUGAACUUGAUCGCGUCAUUAACUAUGGAAGGAAGUCCAACUGCUCUCAGAGGUUCUAUCAACUCACCCGCCUCAUGGAUUCACUCCAACCGAUCGUGAGGAAACUCCAGCAGUUUACAUUUGAUCUGUUUAUCCAGGCCCAGUCUCUGCCCACCAAGGUCAGCUUUCCAGAGAUGAUUGCUGAGAUAAUCUCAGUACAUGUGCCAAAGAUCCUGGCAGGCUUGGCCAAACCAAUCCUUUUCCACAAGUAGCAAGUAGCAGGAUUUGCCAUCAUCCUGAGAAAAUCUGAUCCGAUCCAAGCUGCCUCUAUAUACUUCAGCCAAAGCUCUGUAGGGUUUCCCUGCCAUUGUUUUCUCUCUCAGCUCCUUUUCUUUUUUUUCAUCGAAUAGCUCAACGUACCAUUUUUAAAUCAUUACAUAAUUACGGUAGUUUAGCCGCUUAUCAGACAUAAUUGAGAUAAUUUUCUCAAAUAGGUAGCAAGGUUUUAGCAUUUAUGUCAAGAUUUGCAAGGUGUCACCUUGUUGACGGCCCUAUCUGUCCUGUAUUUCAAGAAGAAAUAUCACACAAGACCAGUGGGGUUAUGUCAAAUGUAAGAAACAGAAGAAUACCAUCCGUUGACUGAAUGAAAAUAAAACUAAUAAAACAAAAUAAUAAAACUAACAAAUGCAGAAAUCGUUGAACAUAUCUAUGCAUAGCUUUACUUUUGGAACUUUCAUGAGAUUGUGCUAUGUUCAUUUUAAAAAACAACUACCAAAAGGAACGUGGAAUUAGUCAUUUGCAACAUACUCACAUACAUACACAGUAGUCUAUCUGUAUUUACUAGCUAAAUUGCAUAUAUAUAUAUAUAUAUAUAUAUAUAUAUAUAUAUAUAUAUAUA